GCCCCGCCUUUCAGGUGGCGCUGCGGCCUGGCCCUCUGGCGGGGAGGAGGCGGUUGGACAGGCGGCUGGAAGCGCGAGCGGCCGUGCGGUGGUUGAUUUCCCCAUCCGGACUCAGACGAUGGCGAGCCCGCCGGCUGUGCCCCGGCUGCCUCCGCACGACCCGAGGACGCCGGCUCUGUCGGUGGUGGACAUGCACACGGGCGGCGAGCCUCUGCGCAUCGUGUUGGCUGGGUGUCCGGAGGUGGUCGGCCCCACGCUGCUGGCCAAGCAGCGCUACAUGCGCCAGCACCUCGACCACGUGCGGCGACGGCUCAUGUUCGAGCCCCGGGGGCACCGGGACAUGUACGGGGCUGUGCUGGUGCCGAGCGAGCUGCCUGGCGCGCACCUGGGCGUCCUGUUCCUGCACAACGAGGGCUACAGUUCCAUGUGCGGCCACGCGGUGCUGGCUCUGGGCCGGUUCGCGCUCGACUUCGGGCUGGUGCCAGCGCCCCCCGCCGGCGCCCGCGAGGCCCUGGUCAACAUCCACUGCCCGUGCGGGCUGGUAGCCGCCUUCGUGGAGUGCGAGGGCGGCCGCAGUGGCGGCCCGGUGCGCUUCCACAGCGUCCCGGCCUUCGCGCUGGCCACAGAUCUCCUAGUGGAUGUUCCCAGUCAUGGAAAGGUGGUGGUGGACAUUGCAUAUGGUGGUGCGUUUUAUGCGUUUGUUAGUGCUGAAAAGUUAGGACUUGAUGUUUGUUCCACAAAGACAAGGGACCUCAUGGAUGCAGCAAGUGCAGUGACAGAAGCAGUGAAAGCUCAGUUUAAAAUUAAUCAUCCUGACAGCGAAGACCUUGCCUUUCUAUAUGGAACUAUAUUAACAGAUGGAAAAGACGCUUAUAGUGAGGAACCAACCACCAACAUCUGUGUGUUUGCAGAUGAACAGGUUGACAGAAGUCCUACCGGCUCAGGAGUGACGGCCCGAAUUGCCCUACAGUAUCACAAAGGGCUUCUAGAACUGAACCAGACCAGAGCCUUUAAAAGCAGUGCAACUGGCUCAGUAUUCACAGGGAAGGCUGUGAGGGAAGUAAAAUAUGGUGAUUUUAAAGCUGUUAUAGUGGAAGUAUCUGGACAAGCCCAUUACACAGGUACAGCAAGCUUUAUAGUAGAAGAUGAUGACCCACUGAGGGAUGGAUUUCUUCUCAAAUGACUUAUAUGACUUUUAAGGGCUUUCUUUAAAUUGUUAUCAUAAGUAAAUUUUCUCUGAAUUACGAGGAAAACUGUAUCCAAAUUGUACAUGUAAGGCAACUAACAUUCUUCUUAAAAUAAUACACUGUGGUUAAAUAUAAAGUCAUUAUUCCUCAUAUUUAUACAUGUGUAUUGGUAUAUUGCUUAUAGAAUACAAAAUGCAGAAUACUUUUCUAAUUAACAUAUCAGGUAAAAUUAAAACCUUAGUUCUUGUUAUUUUUAAAUAUUCCUCUGUGGUAAUUACUAUAAUAUUCUGUUUUAAAUGCUCUUUGAAUAAUAGCUUCAAUUGUAGCCCU